AUGUUGUUCUUCCUCACUUUGAUCACCGUAGCGUUAGCUAAGCCAGUUGUGGACCAUGCUGCAAAUUGCCCAUUCCCCAACGGCACAGACAAAGCUCUGCAUUCCUACAUUUGUGCAGCAGGAGAACAAUUCACUGUGAGUUCAAUUGACACCACUGACGCAGCAGGUAACACAGUCUACCCAAUAGAUCCUCGAAAACCCUUUGUUCUUCGGUUGAAUGCUUACAAUCAUGGACAACAGAUUGACGAUAACAGAGUGAACGUGAGAAUUUUCGAAUACGAAUCUGGCAUGACUUCAUCCGAUUGCACUUGGGUGAAUGUGCCGACAUUUGGGUUGCUGUGA